AUGUCGCCAUGUAAGUACAGAUCUCCAAAGCAAAAUCUCUCUUUGUUUAUUAAUACUUCAAGUGGGUUUAUUUUCAAACUUGUGAUCAACAUUUGUAAUGUCACUUUAGAACAUGUUUACCAAAUGAUGAGUCAACAUCUUGGAAUCAAGGCUACAGUAUCCAAAAAAGCAACACUCAGGACCUAUGCAAAACAUAUUUCACCAGAUGCCAUCAAAAUUAGGCAUUCAUUGCAAGAGUUAGUUAUCUCUGAAAAGACCAUCAAAGGAGGCAAUUGUAAAAUCUUAAAGCUACCGUGCCAUACUAUUGCUGGUUUUGGUUUCAGGGUAGUGAUUAAUCAAGUUGUUGAUGUCCACUUUUGUUUCUUUGUAUAUGAAAAUUGCCAGGCACCAACAAUUACAAGUGCCACUUUUCAUGACAUCUCACGGUUGCUUUCAGAUGCUAGCCACCACCAUUGGGCUCUCACAGCAGGAAGUGUUAAAACAUCACUUGAAACAUAUCUGACCUAUGAGAACAGAGACAAUGUCAUAAAUAUGUAUGCUAAGGUAUCUAUAAUGGCUCACCAAAUGAUAAACAGUGUUUUUAAUAACUACCAGAAGAAUGGACAAAGUUUUUCAACAUGGGGCAGUAUUUCCCCUCAGCAAAAUGAAGUACUUACUAAAAACCCUGAAGAUACAGCUGCCUGGAGACAUAUUGCCUUAAACAGAUUUCAAGAAUCUUGGGUAGCACAUUAUAUCUUGUCUCAGAAGUGGAGGUCUGCUAUCCAACAACCUUCUAGAGUGGAAAUGGAUGCUGUAAAUUUAUAA